CGUUUCUGUCCAGACUCCCGUAUUCAUUUUGCUUUUGACAAGUUAAAAAAAAUAUUUCUGUGUCCAUGUUGGUGUCCAAGGGAAGUGAGUUUCCCGUAUUAUAAUGGAAAGUACAGUUAUUGGACCGGGUCCAUACAGGGCGACGAAACUGUGGAAUGAAACUAUCAAACUUUUCCGUGGUGGCAUGCCACUUAAAAGGCACUGGGCACACUUUCGCUGCUAUGACUGCAGUUUCACGGGAACCGAGGCUGUGGAUUAUCUGCACGACCUGCUGAGACACAAUCACAACUUUGGCCCUGAGGUGACCCGCUACCAGACCCUGCAGCUGCUCAGGAAGUUCCUCAAGGCCCAUGUCAUUGAAGACAUCAAAGGCCGACAUGGGACAGAGGACUUUGAGGACAGUGGCCAUUUGUACAGAUUCCCAACACGGUCUCCCCUCAAGUCUUAUCCAGCAAGGCCUCUAAUAAAAGAUUGCAGUGACUUGCCCAGACUCAUCCGCUGGGAUGACUAUGAGGAGCUGCCUCAGCAGGAGAACAUCGCACCUGUGAAGUCUGCUGUCUUGACUUCAGAUUUGUGGAAUAAAAGGCACAGCGUUGCCAUUGGUGACGUGCAUGAAUGCAAGCUCAUACGCAGGAAGGAGAUAACUUCAAAACAAGUGGAUCACGUGUGGAAGUCAAUGACAGUUGCACAUUUGCAGAGAGUGCUGGGUCUGAAGACACUGGAUGGUGUUUUAAACCCAACACAUGUGAAUGGUAAACACAUUGUUCACAAUGUGUUCAGUGUCAAUAAAUCAGGCAUAGUCGUAUUGGAGAACAAAGCCGAGGACAUGCCCUAUUGGGUGGUAUCUGCAAUGAAAUGCCUUGCUAACUGGCCUAACGGCAAUGAAAGCAAGCAGCCGGUGUACCCAGGUUUCGAGAGGGAUGUUCUCAGAACAGUAGCAGACUACUUCCAGAGACUUAAAGAACCCCUGCUGACUUUUCAUCUGUAUGAAGUAUUUGUCAACAUUCUCAGUUUGCUGCAAGUGCAGGAGGUAGCCACCGAGGCUCUGCAAGUCAGCUGUCUCCUACUGCCACCUCCCAACCGCAGACGCCUCCAGCUUUUAUUGCGUCUCAUGGCUCGGGUUUGCCAGAAUCCCCAACUGCCUCCUCUUAAUGACACUAUUGCUACCCACACACUGAUGGUGCAGAUGUUCUCUCAGUGUGUUCUGGGCUCAGCAGACGACAUGGACUUGGAUGAGUUGCUUGCCACAAAAUUGGUGACCUUCAUGAUGGAGCACCACAACACCAUCUUCCAGGUCCCUGCCAAGCUGCGUUGCCAGGUUGAAGAGCAUCUCUCCCACCUCAAAAGAGCACAGAUCAAAUAUGCAGGUGCAGAUACAGAUUUCAGUGCAUCUCCAGCUUUUUAUAAACAGAUCAGCAGGGUGGAGUGUGAGGAGCAGAGGGUGAUAGGUACUCAGACCCCCCUACAGCAGUUGCUAGAAGGCCUGAUUGCAGACAAAGAACUUCCUGCUAAAGACAAGAGGAAAAGACUAAAACAGUUUCAGAAGUCCUACCCUGAGGUCUACCACAGUCGAUUUCCCACUGAAGAAAGCAAAGCUGCUGUCAUACCUGAGAAAACCCCACGACUCAAACCUAAUCUCAUGUUCUUCAACAUCAAGAAACCCUUCCAGCCUUUUCAGAGAAGCUGGAGUUUCAGGGCCUGAUCUGCUGCCACUAACACAUCUACACAUCUUAACCUCAGAGUCAUAAGACAAGGAGCGAGGCUGUAAGGGUGCUCUCUCCACCAUUACAGACACUAUAUUUACUACAGUUUGUACUAAAACAAUAGUCUGUGUAGCACUGGUAAACAAGGGUGAUGAUUUAAAGGGGCUGUUCACUCAAGUUAUAGAAGAUUUCCUUUUUAGAAGGUCAUUUUCCAAACUUUGGUUAUAAACACUGCAUGCAGUGAAUGCAGACGGGUGAACUGACCCUUUAAUAAAUUUCACCUUACUGUUCUAAUUGGAAACUUGAACUAUACAGUGAUGCACUUAAACUUAAAGAGCCGUUAAUGAUUGAGGGUUUUUUUUUAUUAUUAAUACAGUUAUGUAUUGGUACUUUGGUAGCUAAAAUGAGUAAAAUGCAUUUUUAAAGUAUUAACAGGUUAUUAGAUGUUAACAUUAUCACUUGAAAUAACAGAGGUCUUAAGAUUUACCGUAUUUUCCGGACUAUAGAGCGCACCAUACUAUAAGCCGCACCUACAAAUUUUUUGGAAAAAACUGGAAACGUACAUAUAUA